CCCCUUUGUUCUUUUUCUCUUUCGGCAUCCCCCCAUCCCCCACUACCUCUCUCUCCCUCUCUCUCCAUCUCCCACUCUCACCAUGAGUGUGUGUGUGUGUAUGUGAAUGCUUCUGCGUUUUCAUACCGCCUGCAAAAAAUAGCUGCCCCUAAAUAGCUGGAGCAAAGGGUAAAAAAAAAACGAGCCGGAGGAGAAAAGACAGAGAAAGAGCCAGAGGGAAAAAAGGAACACGUUUAUUAUAACGGACUAUUUCACGGAAAUCUGUCUGUUUCCAUUUCAGAUCGAUUUGCAUAUCCAUCCCUUCUUCAUUUGCCUUUGCUUCAGUGAGAAUGGCAGGCGGACCCCCCUCUGACAAAUACACUUUUCUCUACCCGACAGACAGCAGCUUAAAGAGUAAGAGCAGAGUAUCCAGUAUGAACCCUGUCUACAGUCCAGUGCAGCCCGGGACUCCAUACGGAAACCCCAAAACCAUGGCCUACACAGAUACACCCAGGCCUGAUUACUGCUGCACCUGUUCGCAGUCAAGAAAUCACUUAUUUCACAACACUGUAUAUAGUUACCCAGCAGGCUAUCCUACUGCAGCGCCUGCCUACACACCAAGCCUCUAUCAAACAGGCAGCCCAGGGUACCCUCCAGGCUACACCACAGGGACUCCUUAUAAAGUUCCCCCGUCUCAGUCUAAUGGUGCUCCUCCACCAUAUUCCCCCUCUCCGAACACGUACCCCUCAGCCAUGUACCCCAUCCGCAGUGCCUAUCCCCAACAGAACCUCUACACUCAGGGAGCAUACUACACCCAGCCUGUGUAUGCUGCACAGCCACAUGUUAUCCAUCACACCACGGUGGUGCAGCCCAACAGCAUUCCUUCUGCCCUGUACCCGGCCCCAGUGCCCCCUGUGACCCCCCGGCCCAGUGCACUUACCAUGGGCAUGGUGGCAGGAACCACAAUGGCCAUGUCUGCAGGAACGCUGUUGACCACACCCCAGCACACUCCCAUUGGUCCACACCCUGUUACGGUGCCAACAUAUCGUGCGCAAGGAACACCUGGAUACAGCUAUGUGCCACCUCAUUGGUAGAGCCCACCUAUCAAUCAUAUCUGGAGUUAAACGUCGUAUGCAAAAUCUUCAAGUGUUACACGGGCUCUCUGUGAUCAGCAGCUGCGUCUGCUGGAACAGAAGAAAAUAAAAGGUCACUUUAUGCAUUCUUACGUCUUUUGUAAAAGCUGCUUUUUAUUUUUUUAGUUACGUUUUUUCCCUCCAUUUUUUUCUAAUUUAAUUUCCUCUUGUGUUUUAGUCUUACUAUUCCUGACCUAUGUUGUUGUAUAAGUUUUUUGUUUUUUUAUCACAAUUAUUAACAAUCAACUCCUGCAGAAACUCCAGAAUGAUUUUGAAAAUUACGACUUUGAAACAGUGUUUUUUUUUUUGUUGUUGUUGUUGUUGUUGUUAAUGUUGAUCCAUUUUCCCUGUUGAGUGGGAAUGUACAUUGCACCAUGCUCAUCAUCAUGUCUGUCAUGCCAAAUAUUAUCCUUUACAUUUGUGUAGAUUUGUUAUUUUCAGAUUCCCUUUUCAGAAGGGCUGAGACGGGUUUCUGCGUUUCGGGUUUUGAUUUCACACCAGUUCCUUCUGUUCAUCUUCUAGUGUUGCCAACAAGGGUGUCUUCCAGCUUGUAGCAGUUUAUUAGGAACAUUUGUAAUAAGUUUAGCAGUACAUAGGGCAGCUUGACUUGGUUCAAACUUCAUUAGGAUGUCGAGCGCUUACACUAAGCUCAGUUAUUCACUUAAUAUAGGACUCCGGUUUCUUUAUUUAUUGGAUAUUCUGGAUAGAGCAAGCUUCUAAAUUAUGACAUGCAUAUUAUAGUUCUAUAGAUGCAUGUGAUGUGCAGAGAUGUGCUCUUGCAAAGUUUUGCAGUUGCGCAUUCAAGCUGAAAGACCUGCCAGCACACAGUCUCAGUCGAGGCAAGUAUAAAUGGCACUUAGGUUAAAGGAUCAGGGUCACAUGCCAAGGACAGAGGACGUUCGGGAUUGACAGGGUCCGGAUCUAAAAUUCAGGAUCUCUAAAUUACAGUGGAGCGUAAGUAUGAAACACAUUGACAAACCAAAUACAAAACAGCAAAUCAGCAAACAUCAGCAAUGUUUAAGGAAAGGUCCUUAUUGUACAUCACAUGCACUUUGCUGGUUGGCUACAGCACACAUCAUAUGAAGAGACAGCAGAAAGCAGAAGAUAAUUCAUGAGACGAAAAAAUUCUACUGAUGCUUUAAUUUCUCAUUUUUUUAUUUACCAAGUGUACUCAUAUAUCUUGUCAAUUUUGCAUAACAUUAAUACGAAUUAAAAAAAAAAAUGAACCCUUAAAGGAACCUUAGAUGUUCAAGCAAAAUAAUUACUCCACACUACAGUAACUUGCAUAACUUUUCAUUAAAUAUCGUAGCUAAGAUGACAAUGUUUUUCCCAUGGUCAUAGUUUUUCCCUUCCGGUUUAAAUUUGUGUUCAACUGUUUUUGUUUUUUUUUUGAAAAUUUUGUUCAGUUUUUGGUUUGCCAAUGUGUUUCACAUUUAGAAAAAUGUAUUUAAAGGGAUUUUUAUCAUGCAUUAUACUGCAUUUGGAACAAAGCAGUAAUUAUGGCCGUAAAUAGUAGAACAACUCGGAGUUCAACUUAAAAGUUGACAAAUAAUUGUUCAGUUUUUUUGCUUGCUGGCAUGCACGCUUCAGUAUUUUAAGUGUUCUAAUAGAAUGUGGUUUAAAUAGGUUACUAUAAAACUGAUGCCCAUUUACCUUUUCUAAAAUACAUUUUAUCUUCCUAUUUGUUUUGCUCUAAACUGUAUUCAUUUAACAAAUUGACAAUAUCAAGCAUUGGCUAUCCAACAUUGCAGACAGUUUAGGGAAAUCCCGAUUUGAUUGUAACUGUGCCAGAAUCCGAGAGGAUGAUUUGUAUUCUGGAUGUAGACCAAUUGGCAGAUCUUUAUGUGGGUCAGAUGGGUGUGUCUUUUAGCUCAUACAAGUUUUUAUUUUUGUGUUUUUUAGAAACUCAAAUGUAAAAUCAUAAACCUCGGAAGAUGUUGUUAACUUGCAUUAGCAGUGAAUGAUAUUAAUAUUUAAAAAUAUAUCCUCAUAAAUCCUGUCAGUGUAGCUCAUGUUUCAAGUCUAUGAAAUUUUAUAAAUUUGACUCUUGUCUUAUUUCUCAGAUUUUAAAUAAAAUUACAGUACUAUUUGCUUUAGAUCAAUCAACAUUCAGACAUAACUCUGUGUGCUGUUUUAAGAAGGUAAAUACAUGAAACACACAAAAAAACUUAAACUUAAUAAAUUGCUGUUGUUAGCUUUUUGUUCAUUCAUGAGCUUUUGCUGCUUGGACAGAGCAAACAAAAUAUGAUUUUUUUGGUGGCUUAAUUCAGCAUUAAGUGAAAUGCAACACUCAAUCUCACUCCUAUUUUCAUAUAUGGCUUUCUAUCCACGCCCACUCAAUGUAUAUUCGGUGUCUAUUUCCCUAUAUAUUCCACAUGUCCAUAUAUGGAGUCAAAGAUGCACCUUCUGUUGUUCAGGCAGUCCUUGUUGACACUGUUGUUGUGCACUGACACAGAAAAUGACUUUGUCACUUCCUAGUGUGAAUAUACAUUGAGAACAAGUAAGGCAGAGAAAAAAGCAUAAAGGUGGCCAGUUAAGAAAUCCCCCUCUUCCUCUGUGAACAUUUGGGCCGUGAGGCGUCGCUGCAUGGAUUUGAGAAGUACUUGUUAAAUGCAAUAAUUAAAACUGCCAUGGCAUAUAACAACACCGAAAGAGAGAAUGUUGUGAACCCUAAUCCCUUGUAAUCUAUGAACGAACUAAGUACAUAUCAGUUUUUAUGAAAUAAUAUCAGCCUAUUAACACAGAUACGUAAUAAUCAAAUAUACGGUACACUAUUUAAUGAUCUACUAAAAGAAGACAAGUAUAUACUACGGUACCCAUUAGGUUUGAUUAGGAAUGUGUCGAUAUUCAGUUUUUGAAUGAUGAUUGUUUAGGGCAGCCAUUGCAAAUAUUACAUUGUUAUUGUAGCAUGAAAUUGUAGCUCUUUGGCUAGCAUGAUUUUUUUUAUUUCCGAAGAACAGAAGGACUUUUAUUGGAGGAAACUGAUAGCUAAUAUGGGCAGCACACAUGCGCUUAAAUAGAUAAAACGGUUACUGAUGAUAUCCCGAAGUACUUAGUAAAGAAUUUUGCUGUCUUCUGUUCUGAAGGUGUCUACCACAGUAGCCACAAAUUUUAAAUGAUCUGGUUUGGUAGAAUUUUAAAGGAAAUAAAGCUGAGGAACAACCUCAAACAGCAGAAGUUUCUAUUCUGGUGAUGAGUGCAAAUAGAUCACUAUUAGCCAACUAAUAUAGGUAACUAAGCCCCAUGCCACUAAGCUGCCACUUUUGCUGAAACUUUGCUGACCCUGCACUCUGGUUCCAAUUUCCUAACAAGUUUGGAUAUACAAAGAAAAGUAUUUCACCGUGCUGUAAUGUAUACAUGACAAAUAAAAGCUGCUUCUCGUAACUAAAGCUAAAUUGCAUAUUAAUUAUCUCCGAAUGAUAUCUGCAGAAGCUGUGAGCUAGGAGAUUAGCAAACUGUUUUUGACCAUAUAUGACCAGAAAUAAAAAUUGGUACUUACUCUGCAGGAGAGACAGCAAGUUGAAACUUUAAUGAUAAUCUGUUCCAGCAAACAGAAUUAUGGGAAUGCAGUGCUGGUCUCACAAAAAUGAAAGAAUAAGACAGGCUUAAUGUUGGGAUUACAUAAACGCUGCCUACCUUAGUAGCUGGCUUUCAACAGAAAUGUAUUUCAUGUGUGGAAUAUUGUGGUUUAUCAUAUUAUUGAUUAUCGGCACAUCCCUAAUCAUGGAAAAAAUAUUAUUCUCAGUAAACACAUUUAGCAUUUAGGCUACUCAACCACUAUUGAUAUAUGUUAAUCUGAAUAAGAAGACUGACAGAGAUUAUAUAAAGCAUAAAGACACUCAGACACUGAGAGAAUUUUUUAGCAGAGCCUUUGAGAAACAUUCCUUUAUCCUAAAGGAGACAGUGAGAGAAAGAAAACUUGCACAAGAUUGAACUGAACUGCUUUCCACUUUUAUUCUUAUACAUGGGUGGCAGCAUAGGACAAUCCUUCAAAAUUCUUCAGAAUAAAGAUUUGUUUAGUUUUUUUUUUUUUUUUACUGUAUCCCACUCUCAACCAACCAUGUCAACUCUAUACACUUCCAAAAAUGUAAAAGUAAAAAAAUAAAUGUUGUUAAUUGAAACAUUUAAACAUUCCAUAAUAGUAGGAUAUGUACAUGUUAACAGUCAUCAGUGUUAAGCAACUGUUUUAAACUGAGGUUCCUAGGAAGCAAAUGCAGGAUAUAAAUAUGUCAUGUAUAGGGAUGUGGAAUAUUCGAAUGCCCAUGUAUGAAGCAUUUAUUCUUAGUCUUAGUUUUCAUUCACUCAUUCACGCAGAGUAUAUAGUGCCUUGCAUAAGUAUUACCCACCCCCCACCACUCAUAGAACUUUAUGGCAUUUUGAAGUGCAAUUCGACCAAAUUCAUUGUAAUGGAAUUUUGAAGGAAAAAAACAUCUUACAAAUACAAAUAUACAUCUGCAAAUAAUUAAAUUCAAAUUUAAGCAGCUUUACAGAUCAAAUAAAGCAGAAGGUUAUCUGGAAUAGGAUCAGCUUUUGCCAGCUGGAUACUGAUAUUCCUGUCCUGUUAUUGGUAAAUUUGCUUAACUUCUGUCAGAUUGGAUAGAAGAUUGAUGUUAACGAAAAGUUAUUUUUCAAGUCUUGAGAUCUAGUUUGAGUUUUUUGACUAGUCUAUUCUAACACCUUCAGGUUCUUAGUAUUUUAGCAUUGAACCAUUCCACAAUAGGUUUUGGUUCAUUGUCCUAUUUGGAGGUUAACCCACUAUCACAGACUAAACAUUCUUUCUUCUCAGAUUGCCUUGAAUUUUACUCAAAAUAUUUUGCUUUAACCCUGACCUGUUUUUCCUGUUUCAGUAGCAUGGGCUGUUUUGUGUAGAUGGCAUAUAAUCCCAAUAAAUACUUAUGCAAGGUAAUGUAUUACACGAAUUACAACUGUGGUUGUAUAAAAUGUAUUCAUCCACUGAGAUUUCCAAUCAUUCUUCCCAUAAACGCCAAAGUGGUUGUAGCCUUCAAUUCAUUAUUUUCUCUGUAUUACAUCAGUCAAUCAUACAAACCCAUGCGCCAUUAGAGGCAGGAAAAACUAUUAAUUGUAGUGAAAAAUGAUACUCGAUCCUGCUAGCAGGUUUUUAUGCAGUUAGCAGGUUUUCUGUUAUCUUACUUAGGUGGUCAGAUUGUCUGUUUAUACUAGUCUGCUUGUACAAACAGUUUCUGAAUGAGCCUUGUUAAGCUACAGGCAGUUUAAAUGCAGGCUGAUGCUAAUGCUACUAACAUGAAAUGACUAAGUUUAGAUGGUAAAUAAGCAAAAGGCAUUUGGUAAGGAAUAUGUUCAUAUUAUUUAAGCAACGUGUUUGGUAAGAUAUAGAAUUUUUAUUUUUUUGUCAUUGUUUGGUUGUUUGCCAUUGAAUAGGGACAACUGACAAGUUUUCAUAUAACAAAUGUAGUCCUAGUAUUAAAUACUUCAUAUAUACAAUGCCCUCUAGAAUUAUAAGCACCCCUAAUUAUUAGACUGGGAAAAACACAAAUGCAUCAUAAGUUUGAAUCCCUUAUUUAAACCUGUUUAACCUAUUUUGUUCAUUGGUACAAUUUCUUCUGCAAAAUGUUGUUUUCAAAAAUAUUGUCCAGUUAAUAUUUUGUGAGCCUUUUUCUGUAAUACCUAACAAAGCUGGAGACAAUUAAAGGGAUAGAGGUGUAAUGCUCCCAAGAUUUUCCAGAAUGACACUUUGAAUUUUUUUCAAAUAUUCCUUAGAGGUGUCACUAAGGUGUAGUUCUAAAGGGCAUUGUAAAUAUUUCAAGUAGAUUUUGGUCUUUCCUUCUGUCACUUUCUCCUUUUCAAUAUGAAAGUCCAUUAACCCUUCUAGUCUUAAUAACAGUAUUAUGGCAGUGAAAUAUUGAUACCAUCAGAACAAAUCAGAUUUGUAAUGCAAGACUUAAUGCAAUCAAUGCAAUUUAAAGUUAUUAAUCAGUUCACUGGUUGAGGUUGCUCCUGAAGUGGAAGUCGAACCUCUUGCAUCUAAAAUGUAGGAUUUAGAAGUGUAUUUUGUUUUUGUUUUUUUUUUUUGUUUUUUUUUUUGUUUUUGCUAUUUUUACACUAAUGAAAGUUAGAUUUGAAAGUAAACGAGACCACAUUUACCUGUAAUUAUUGCGCUUUUACCAUAAGUGUUAUUUAAGUUUUUAUUAAUGAUUGAUGUUCCUUUUAUUCUUAAGUAGAUGAUCAGGAGUGUGGUGCCUAACCGUGUGAGGGACAUUUCAGAGCACAGGCCUGUAAACCGUCUCAUCCUCUUAUUUAUUCUGUUGCUUUGCUGUCUUUAUAUUGCUUCAAGAAAAAAUGCGCUAUACGUAAAUGAUCAGAUUGCUGAACACACAGGGGGUGUUUCUAUUAAAAAAAAUAGCUUUCUUUAUAUUAUACUAAAAAUGUCCAAAUGUUAUAGUUAUGGUUUGGAUAUUAUAGCAUGGUGUAAAAUUAUAUCAAUUGUUUCAUGUUUACGCUUACUCAUAGAACAUCUUCAUUUAAAACAACACUGCCCAAAAAUACUACUUUAGAGUAUACUUCACAUUUUGACACCAAUUAGGAGGAAUUAAAUACUCCUUUAAUUGCUCCUAAAUAGUGACACGGUUUGUGUCCACAAUGUAUCACAUACUUUAACUUUAUUGAGCCAUCAUCUAACAUUAUCCACAUAUGCCUCAUCUUCUGUGUUUUUUUUUUGCUGUUAAAGCUGAAUACUGAAGGGGAAACUCAUCGUCUUCCAAAUACACACCAAGGAUAAGAACAUUUUGAUCAUUCUUUUUGGUAAAAACCUUACAUUCUGUUCAUCUGUUUUGUAGCAGUUGUUACAUACCUAUCAAUAAAAUUGACCUGAAUGCUCUUACAAGGCGAUGAGACCCGGUUCAGGCCUGUGAUAUGAAGUGUAAAUAUGUUUUUAUUAUUUUUAUGGGUUUUUUAUCAUUUAUUUUGGAAGAUCAAUUAGUGAUCUCAGUGACAGAAUUAUGCCAAGUUUGUAAUUGUAUAAUAUUUACUGUAAGAUGUAGAACGUUCAAUAACUAUUAAAAAUUUUCCCAAAA